AAUAAAAAAUGAAUAACCGGUUAUGAAAUUUAUGUAUGGUUAAGGUACAAAUAUGGUGAAAGGGGGGAGGUGACUUAAAAAAAAAAAUCCAAAAUAUCAUUGAAGUAAACUUUAUUGAAUUAACAGAUACUGUCAACAGGCCACAUCCCAAAAGAACAUGAUCAUGGCAGAGAAAUCAUUGAACCUUCAAAACAAAUAAUGAUUUCUAUAUGGAUGCUGGCCAACAUGGAAGGGUACAGACAAAUAAGUGACAGGUUACACGUCACUUAUUCCUCCGUGUACAGAUGCUUCAUGCGGACAUGUACCGCUUUACAAUGCCUGUCUGUAGAAAAAAUCAAGUGGCCUACUGGAGCUAGGGUAAAUGAAGUCAUUGAAGGCUUUGAAAACCUCAUGGGUUUCCCUCGAGUUUUAGGGGCUGUCGACGGAUGUCACAUUCAGAUAAAAGCUCCACAAGAAAAAUACCAUCCCAUGUCUUAUCUGAAUAGGAAACGGGACUAUUCGGUUAUUUUACAGGCAGUGUGUGAUCAUACUUUGCGGUUCACGGACAUUGUAUCCGGAUGGCCUGGUUCUGUACACGAUGCAAGGGUCUUAAAAAAUUCACCCCUUUAUGAGGCCAACGAAAACCUCUUUCCUGGCGAUACACAUAUUGUUGGAGAUGCAGCACAUCCACUGCAAAGGUUAUUAAAAUCAACAUUCAUUUAA